CUGGCGAGCCGUUCCACUGUCCAGGGCAGCCUUGAGGUCCUCGCUCCCUGCCAGAAGCUUCCGGCGCGUGUGGCGCACUUGGCGGCCGUUGCCCUUCUCUGGCGUUCCUUCCGCCCGGAACCGGCUCGCGCUAUUUCCGUGUAGCGCGUGGGGCGGCCGCUGCAGCAGCCUGGUCCGGCGCGGCCUGACUCUUCCCUCUGCCCCUCCUUUUGCUCUCCCCGGGAUUAACUCUCUCCUUCCCGAGCUGUGGCGGCGCGGCCAUGGCGGACACGGCGCAGAACGGGCCCAUGCAGGGAGGCGCCGGCGGAGGAGCCGUGCAAUUCCUCAUGUCUAAUAAACUGGACACAGCGAUGUGGCUGUCCAGGAUAUUCACCGUUUACUGUUCAGCAUUAUUUGUCCUGCCUCUUCUAGGGUUGCACGAAGCAGCGAGCUUUUAUCAACGUGCCUUGCUGGCAAAUGCCCUCACCAGCGCCCUCCGGCUUCACCAACGGUUGCCGCACUUCCAGCUGAGCCGAGCGUUCUUGGCUCAGGCCCUGGUGGAGGACAGCUGCCACUACCUCUUAUAUUCCCUCAUCUUUGUGAAUUCCUACCCUGUUACAAUGAGCAUUUUCCCUGUUCUGUUGUUCUCGUUGCUUCAUGCCGCUACCUACACAAAGAAGGUCCUGGAUGCGAGAGGCUCAAAUAGUCUUCUUUUCCUACGAAAUCUCUUGGACAAAUUAAGCACAAACCAGCAGAACAUCCUGAAAUUUGUAGCUUGCAACGAGAUCUUCUUAAUGCCUGCAACCGUGUUCAUGCUUUUCAGUGGACAGGGAAGCUUGCUGCAGCCUUUCAUUUACUACAGGUUCCUCACGCUACGUUACUCCUCCCGCAGAAAUCCUUAUUGCCGGACCCUCUUCACCGAGCUGCGAAUUGUGGUCGAGCACGUCAUCAUGAAGCCGUCCUGUCCCGUCUUCGUGCGCAGGCUUUGCCUCGGCAGCAUUUCCUUUAUCAGCAGACUGGCGCCCACGGUUGCGUAGCUGGCUUCUGGGAAGCAGAUGGGUGCGUCUCUAACGAACACUCGGAGCAGCUGGUCUUUCUGCUGGGGGUUUAUAAAAUUCUGCAUCUCAAGUCAAGGUCGUACGAAAAUCUGUCCCUUCCCUUCCGAGAGCCCGUUCUGUGAAUUGUAUCCCAUGUUUAAACAAAACAAAAUUAAUCUUGAUUUUCAAGGAGAUUUUGCCGUGCUUUUGUGAACGACGAGUGGCCGCCAUCUUAGACACGAUACUUCUCAAGGGGGGAAAAAAAUCAUGUGUAUUGUACAGAAUGGCUCAUGUGCUGUCGGGUGUGUUCUUGUCAAUACCGAAUGAAAAUAAUUUAUUCAAAAAAAAAUAUCCAGGCAGCACUAGCUGGGUUGUGUCUAAUGAAAUGAGAAGGGUUGCUGCAAUGCCAUUUGUAGUCUCUUUGGGGCAACAAAUUGGGAUAUCUUCACACAUGGUACAUUUGAGUCAGUAUUCCUUCCAUUCAAUAAAUGGAAGAAGUUCGCUCAAUUAAGUAAAGUUUUUGUACUCAUAUAAACCAAUUGCGGGGGGAAAUCUACUUUGAAUGUGAACCAUCCCGACUGAACCUCUGAGUUAUUGGUUCAGACUUAUUUAACAUUUUUGGGAAUAAAAACCUGCCUGCUCUUCCCUGAACUUUUUUUUUUUAAGUAAGUAUUCCUCUGGACGGUAAAAAUGCCCUGCUGUUUUUACUGUCUUCCAGAUACAGGAGUAUUGAAACCCCAUCCUCGAUAUAGUUUUGAACGGUAUGACUAAUGUCGAUAGAUGUGGACUCCGGUUUAUCUUGGAAGUGACCGCGGUCCUGGUGAAAUAAUGUUAAACAUUUUCAAAACAGGUGGCUUUCCUCUCAAGCCGCCUCAGAUGGGUUACAUCCUUGAUCCUGAGCCUGUUUUCGGACACGCACAUUUUACACUGCGAAAACAAUGGGACUCCAGACCAAAUAUUAGUCCCAAUCCUACUCUGCUUGGGCAUGCUACCUCUGCACAGGAGGAUCACUAUAGAUUAUGUCAUGUUCUGUUCUGUAUUUGUUUAGGCGCAUGUCCAAGGUUUCUGCUGGGCCAUUACGGGGGGCGGGAGCGAUCUGGGUGUGCCUCCUGUAUUCUGUGUCCCCUUACCCAACCUUAACCUACCCUCCCCAGACAAGGAACACUCAGUCAAACCAGGGUCCUUCACCGAGGGGUGAAGGUGAGGAUACAAGAGGUAUGCCCAACUUGGAUCCUGUGGUAAAUUUCCACGAAUAGAUGGGAGGGAAAUGUGUGAUCUUUUGCCGAUUCGCCUUCCCAUUGCAGAUUCCCAAUUUGCCAACACUCUGUUCCUGAGGUUCUUCUGUCUCCUUGGAUCAUUUAGGUUUGCAGAAGAGGGAGAAAAGGAGUUAGGUUUUGCUGAUGGGAAUGCCUUCUUCUUUUAGUGGAACUUUACUGUAGUAUCCAAGCCACUGACCACCAUCAGCUCGGCCUGCUGUGUGUCCGUGGGUGUGGCGACGCAGGGCUCUAGCGCCCUCUGGUGGUCCCCUGCAUGGGAGCGGUGCCUGCGCAGUGAAGGAUUGAGCCUUAUGUGUUUAGGAUAGAGCUGCUAGUGUGUAAAAAGUAAUAUUGUGGCAGCUGCUACUUACAGAGCUUUCCUAUUUCUGACGCAGCAAGGAUGUUUGCUGUUCUUAGCUUAGGCUAAUUUCUACUCUUCAAAGUUUUUGACUUUUUAACGCAUGAAUCUGAGUAGCCUUGCUAGUCCAGUUUUUCUAGAAUGAAUUAAAUAUUCUAAAUACUGAGGAGCCUUUUAAACAGAGUUAGUGCCUAGCCUGCCUUCUGGCUCUCGACAUCAAAGUCCCAGUUUAGAUAAGAUGUUCCUCACAAACUGGAAAUGCUCUUGGACUUCAGACUGCAGGGACGUGCUGGCGAAUCAUGAGGGUAAAUGGUUCUCUUGCCCAGAAACAAUCUCAGCCUGCACACACCCAGGAUUUUGGAGUGGGCGGCGUCAGUAUCCCCCUUGACAUGUUAAUUUUCUACAGGUGGAGGAUUUUGUUAAAUAUGCAGGAGCAGUCAGUCAGUCAGGUGACUCCCCCAACAGCCUACCAACAGUCUUAGCCAGGGCAGAGCGAUUUGUAUAGACCAGGCUCGCACAGCCCCAAAAUCAUGGACGUACAAUUUGUGUCUGUUAGAAAACUUCCCUUUCUGUGAAGUAUUCGGAGGGAUUAUCAGUGGUAAUGCGUUGAUGAUUGAGCUGAGUGAAUUCCUAAAUGCACUGAGUUCUGAGACUUAACUCUCAAGUGAUUGUGUAUAGCAGUGGUUCUCAACCUUCCUAAUGCCACGACCCUUUAAUACAGUUCCUCAUGUUGUGGUGACUCCCAACCAUAAAAUUAUUUGUGUCUCAGUUCCUAAGACCAUCGGAAAUAUGUAUUUUCCGAUGGUCUUAGGCGACCCCUGUGAAAGGGUCGUUCGACCCCCAAAGGGGUCGCGACCCACAGGUUGAGAACCGCUGGUGUAUAGGGUCAUUUGGAAAAAAACCCUUUCCUUAAAACAGGGGCAGCAAUUCUGGACAUCUGGAGAACUGCUGGUGAGCAUCUUCGCCUUCCAUUGUAAUAUGCAUUGGGAUAUUUGUACAGGGCAGAUACGGACGCUUAAUCUCCCCUGUGGAAAUUCCCUUCGUGCCAGUCCAGAUCUGUGGGUUUCAGGUUCUGAGUCAUGGGAAUAACAUGGGAACAACGCAUGCAUGGGCAUUUUCUUUGUUCCUGUCAGUCUUUUAAUCAAUCCCCAUCUUAUUACCUCUUGCGUUGCCUGAUCUGUUGGAUACAUUCGGUAAUUAGGAGUGAUGCCACUUUUUAAAACACUGUUUCCAUGUAAGCACCGGUUUUUUUCCCCUAGCAUGGUGGGAAUGCCCUUUUAGACAAUGUUAAUUCAUUAGUAACCGGUAGCCAGGUCCACGACGUUUGCUUAUUAAAUUUCCUGGUAUUGGCAAAUGCAGCCAUCCUUAAGAACGGGCCCCAAAGUGAAAAUCCAGUUGCCGGCUUCUUCUGUAAACAUGUUGACAGAGCAGAUGUGAACCCUGGUGUGCAGGAACACUGGAUGAGGUCUUCCGUCUAGGCCUGUUCCUUCUUCGUUCGGAUGGUUUUUAUAAAAUUGAGGGGAAAUGUAUUAACUUUCAGCGGGAAUAAAAUGAAUUUUUAUGAUGGGA